CCGUGAACGCUCGUUACAUCCUCGUUUCUACAAUGAAAUUCAGCUACUGAACAAAAACACUGUGAUUCGUUUAAAAAUGUGGAAGUAUAAUGUUAUAUUUGUGAUGUUCCUGGCCAUCUCCCUCGUUGUUGUAUCCUCGCUUCCGAGCCCAACGACGGCAGACGACGAUGAUGAUGACGAGGACCCAACACCCACGCAGGUCCGAGCCGACGCCGACGACGACGGCCGCGUCUAUAAGAACCCCAGGAACUCCCCGUCAGCAGAGUGUCCUCGGGAUGAAGUGCAGGCCACUAUGCUGGGACAAAAAUGUUUGCGGAAGUGCUCCUCUGACGAGGACUGCAAGAGUAAGAAGAAGAAAUGCCUCUGCGACGCGGCCUGCGGCAUGUCCUGCAUCAAACCAGAUCGAGAAUGUCCCGACUUGGAGCAGCCGGAAGUCGGCCAUGUGACGGUAGAUGGAAAGUUAUUCGGUGGGAAGGCGACGUAUUCCUGUCCACAUGGCUACCACGUGGUGGGACUGCAGAGUCGGAGCUGCCAGGCCGACGGCAAGUGGGCUGGACAGCCACCAGCCUGCAAGGAGAACAUUUACUGCCUGCAACCACCUACAAUAGAGCACGCCCGCCAUUCUGCAUUACCUGAACAGGCCACAUUCGAUCUGGACGCAACAGUUCAGUACAUCUGCCACACUGGCUACGUCACCAACGGUUUCCCUAGAGCCAAGUGUCUAGCAAUAGACGGACAGGCCUCGUGGUAUGGACCAGAUAUAAGUUGCGAACCUCGUUCCUGCGGUGAACCAGGAGAUGUCCCCCACGGGUGGGUCACCGCAGACUGCCACACCUUCGGUUGUCGCGCAGUGGUCCAGUGCGGUCAAGGGUUCGAGCUGGUCGGCAAGGCUGAGAGAUACUGCCAGGCUGAUGGUGUUUGGGCUCCCAAGGAGCUGCCCACUUGUGUCCUGGUGACCCAGGUGCAGUGCCCACCGCCUGAAGCCCCCAGACACGGCAAGGCUGUGUACACAUCGUGUGCUUACAACUCAGUGGUGUCAUAUGAAUGCAAAUAUGGAUACCGGCUCGUUGGAGACGCCACCAGGCGCUGCGGAGCUGACAAGAAGUGGUCCGGAGCUCAGCCAAUGUGUAAAGAGAUCAACUGCGGACACCCAGGACAACUGUGGAACGGAUGGCUAGAGAACAUAUCAUCAGGAACUGGUCUUGGAGCAUCGCUUAUAUUCAGAUGCCAGGAUGGCAUGAGGAUGGAAGGAAACGGAUCUGCUAUUUGCCAAAGUGAUGGCACUUGGAGUCAUCCCUUACCAAUGUGUUUAGCUCCUUGCGUGGUGCCCCACGUGUCGCAGGGACGGGUCGUACUGGUGGAGAAUAAGACUGGUGAAAAUGAUACACAGGAAACCAAUACUCAGAUUGUUGGCAGCAGUUCUAUGGUGCAACACGGCGAGAUAAUCCUGGUAGACUGCGAGAAGAAUUACGAGUUCCCCUCCAACAACGCGGCGGUCACCUGCAACAACGGCACCUGGACACAGAUCCCCAGAUGUCAGCCAGCCAGAUGCAAGAAAAUGCCCAAGUAUCCACGCAACGGUAUGGUAAUCGCCCCCAAGACAGAGCACGGGAUGAAGGCCAGGUUCCGCUGCAAGGAUGGAUACGAGCUGAAAGGGAACCCGAUCGUCGUCUGCUCAUUUGGCAACUGGAGCGGGGAGGCGCCCAAAUGUGAAGAAGUUUUCUGUCCAUUUCCCGGCUAUAUUGAAAAUGGGAAGGUUUUGCUUGUUGGGAAUAUGGGACUUUACGACUACCGUCCUUAUGUGAAAAAGGUAGUAAAUAACAAACAAAUAAUGUACGAGUGUGAGAAAGGGUAUGUAUUGUCAGAAGGACCUCCGGGAGCCACUUGUGUGGGUGGUCAUUGGAGCCCCAGAGAAUUACCUAAGUGCACACUAUACCAGCAUCCACGGAUACGAUGGAGCCGUAGACGACGUUCUGUCACAGAACCUGAAAUACGACAUCGCAGAGAUGUCUACCUACGCCAAUAUUACAACCACAUAAAAAGACAAACAGAUCCAACACAGCAAUAUGUCGAUCAACUGUAUAACAAAUAUAACCAUAACACCCAAAAACAAACAUUAAGACACGCAAACUUUAAGCUUAUGAAGAAAUUCGAUACAGACUUUGAAGAAGAUAUGGUUGCUGGUGGUGAUAUUGAGGGUUCUGAUGAAGAAAACUUUCCCACUGCUGUGUAUACGGUUUAUAAUGUACAAGGAGAACCAAUUGGUCAUAGAUUGUACUCUUACCAGCCUGUAUAUGAACCGGAAGAUGACGAUUUAGUUAUACACGAAGAUGCAUCGGAAUAUGAAAAUUCUGAGGAAUUGAAUGAUCUCUCUCAUGUUACUGUAUUAAAAGGAGGGUUAUUUCCUGAUCAUGAUUCAGACAGUAACGGAAACGCAAAGAAUAUUGAUAAACUGAAACAUCAAUAUUUCGAACGGUAUGUAGAUAAACGUAGAAAGAGAUUUUUAACUUCAAAAAAUAUUGAUGACAAUAAAAAAGAAUUGAAUGUUGAUAUACAAACAGAUGUCUCUAUCGAAACUACUACUGGUACAGUGGAAACUACAACAAAAUCAAGAAAAAGACGUGACGUACACACUGGAGAAAAUUUUAGAGAAACAGUAACUGUAAAACCUACUAUAAAAGCCUUUGAGUCAAUUAACGACGUUAAUGGAGACUUUUUAAAAGUAAUACCAUUACAGACUCAAACACAAAAUGAUACCGUAAAAGUAUACGGCGAGGAUAUAGCAGUUAUUCCAUUACAGUAUAAUAAUACUAAUUCUACUGAAGUAGACAAUAUUAUUGAUAGACGAGAAAAGAGAACGAGUAGAAAAACGGAUAGACUGAAUCAAACUACAGCAACAGUACCAAAAACAGGCAGAGAAGGAAAAGGUGGCAGACGUAAUCUUCAAGCAGAAGCCAGCAGUGAAGAGAAUCAAAGUGCAGAAGUAAAAGAAGCAGCAGAAGGAACAAAUAAAACAGAUCUCAACCAAACAGAAAAAGCGAAGGUAUCCAAAAAGUCGAAUGGUCGUCCAAAAAGUCCUUGCGAAGCAAUAGAAAGUGAACCGUAUGUCAAUAUAGAAAUAGUCAAAUACGGCCGGGACCCAAACAAUACGUUUAGCUCUGGUACAAUAGUACGAGUUGCGUGCGGUAAGGGCUAUGGAUUGAAUUUGGAAAACAACGCGACAGCCAAGUGUGUGCGAGGCAGGUGGAAGCCGGAGAAACCGAAAUGCGAAAUACUGCCCUGCCAUGUGCCCUCCACGGAGUAUGGUAUUUACACCAUGCCUACAGAAUCUGGGCCCUUGACUGCCAGCCAAGUGCUGGGCUCGGGCCUCGGGACUGGGGAGGAGAAGGAAUUGAAUGAGACAGAUGCUGUACCCAAUGGACAGGUCAUACAUUUCUCUUGUGAGUAUGGUUAUAACGUGCAAGGACCAACUAACCUUCGUUGUUGGCUCGGGGAGUGGGCGGUGACCAGCAUGCCUGAAUGUGUGGCAGCCCCGUGCGAGCUGCCACUGCUGCACGGCGCGUCGUACGAGGCGGGGUACCGUGCGGGGCUGACCGUGGCGCACGCGUCCUCCAUCGACAUCGCGUGUGAGGCCGGCCGGGCGCCGCCCGCCACGCUCAACUGCCAUCUGGGGCGGCUGCAGCCCACCGUCCAUGACUUCUGCAGACCUUUAGCAAACCUUUCACGACCUCGACCAACAUCCGAAUUUCAAAGUGGCUCUGACAUCGUGCGGGAAGAUAUAUCUGAAUUGGAACCUGACAUUGAUGACAAGACUAUCACAGAUUGCGGUCCUCCAGCACGGGUACAGGGUACUCUGAUAUACCGCGAUGGUACAGAGGUGAACGGGACGGUUGUUGUGGAAGGGUAUCCGCAUGGUACAGAGAUCACGUUUCGAUGCAUCGCCUCUAUAAUGGGUGAGAAAACCACGUGGAAACUCAUUUGCGAACAAGGAAACUGGGUCGGGAAGAGCUUCAACUGUGAAGAAUUAGAAGCACAAAGUGAAGAAUUACUCAAUAAUAACAGCUGCACGUUCCGCAACGAGGAACCACACGUGGUGUCCUUCUACAACGAUCUGGAAAUCACUGAAACUGUCGACUUUUCAGCCGGAGCUGUAAUUAUAUCUAGAUGUAGCGACGUCGGGAAGUACGCGAUGACCGGCUCCCAAGCUCGCAGAUGUUUGGGCGGUGCUUGGGACGGAGUUAAACCCACUUGUUUUGGUCUCAACCAGGAAAAUGAUUACGCCAUGGAGAAGCCUCCUACGAUCCUGUUCAGACACUCCCAGGGUCCGAUCGCGCAGACCAACGACGGCAAGCUGCUCGUGUAUCCAGGAACUGUGCUGCACAUGGAGUGCCUCUGGAUGAGGAGAUUCGGCAACCCCAAGUGGAACGUCACCCAUCAUUAUCCUGAUGUGGACCGUAAGUACCCAGAGGGCUGGACCACGGACCCCGGCCGCGACAGCCAGCUGGAGUACCGACUCAGCAUUAUGGGCGCCGUCAAGGAGGACUCUGGAGUGUACCGCUGCGAAACUCCGGCCCGCCAGACUCACCAGGUCGAGGUCAUUGUGGAAGACGUGCACUGCCCGCCGCUGCCGCUGCGGCGCGGGCUGGUGUCGAGCGGGGCGGGCACGCGGCUGGGGACCGAGGUGUCGUUCUCGUGCGCCAACGGGAACGCGCUGCUCGGGGCCCACGUCCUCACCUGCCGCGCCUCCGGCAACUGGAGCGCGCCCCUGCCCGUCUGCGAGAGCGUGGAGUGCGGCGACGUGGUGCAGGACGGGGCGCUGCGCGCGGGCGAGCGGCGGGCGCGGGUGGCGGUGGUGUCGCGCGGGGUGGGGGGGCGCGCCGCGUUCUCGUGCGCGGCCGGCUGGGCGCUGCGCGGGCCCGCGGAGACCGUCUGCCUGCCCGCCGCGCGCUGGGCCAGGCCCUUCCCAGUCUGCGCAGAGGUAUCCUGCCCAGCGCUGCCUCCUCCAGCGUCAGGUUACGUGCUCGGUCGAGCCCCGUACCGCGCUGGCGACGUGCUGCAGUUCCACUGCAACCCUGAGCACACGCUGCACGGCAGACCAAUCCUCGUGUGCCAGGACAGCGGCCGGUGGAGCGACAAGCCUCCCACUUGUGCUCAGGCGUGCACAUAUCCGGGUACAACUAUAUCCGGGCGGAUGUCUUCAGUGAAAUUCUAUUACAAGAUCGGUGAAUCUGUCACAUUUACCUGCGAACCCGGGUAUAGGCUGAAGGGCGCGCCUAUGCUAAGAUGUUUGAAAAAUAGGAAAUGGUCCAACGCGAUUCCACUUUGCACUCCGAUUAACAACUACACGUCACCGGAUUCAGUCGCCAUGUUGACCGGCGACAUCGACGCCAUGUUGUCCGACGCCAUCUUGCCGGCGGACAUUUUGAAUACACACGAGACUCCCGCCAUCUUGUCGCCAGAGAGUUAUAAAGCGGCUAUGACGAGAGUCGCCGCAGCGAAGUUUUUACGACGAGCUCCAAUUGAAAAUUACAAGAACAGGAUCUAUAGGGUAAAUAGGUUGUUAAGAAGGGACACUGAGAGAUAAUUUAUAAAUAUGUAGGAAUUGAUUUUAUGUAGUUACGUUAGAUAUGGUUGAAAAAGUGGCUUAGUUACAUACAUAUAAAUGUCAUUUUCAAUUGUUCUCUGUAAAAUAAAAUAAGUGUAAUAGUUUGAAUCAAUCAAAAAAUAUGUCAUAGACUAGCUGUUACUAUAUCCGUGUGAUUUUUUUUAUUAAAGUAAAUAAAAUUCAAAAAAUAAAAGUAGCCAAGUUACUCCUCGUAAUUAUCUGUCUGCAAGCGAGAGGUUCGUCAGAAUUGGUCCAGCCGUUUCAGAAAUUAGCAAGAAUAGAUAGACAGCCAAAAAAAAUGUUUUUUAUGUUAGUUCUGCAUAUACUUUCAUAAGCAUUUAUUGAAGAGCUAUAAUAUUGAAAUUACAAACAGAUACUCCAAUUAUAUAGAUGAACUAGCUUUUGGCCGCGGU